AUGGAAGAAGCACUUACUAAGCCAAGGAAUGUUACUCAUACCUUAUAUAAAUUAUAUAACUGGUUACAAAUGGAAAUAAUUGAUCUUAAUCCUGAAUUCCAAAGAGAUGUUGUAUGGACAGCAAUUAAACAAUCUCAUCUAAUAGAUUCAAUCCUUAACAACUUUUACGUUCCACCAAUAAUUUUUUCUUGUAAAAAGUUAGAUAACAAAAAAUGGAUCAGAGUAUGUAUUGAUGGUAAACAAAGGUUGACUGCUAUCAGAAAAUAUAUGGACAAUGAAAUUCCACAUAGUAGCCCAUCAGAUGGAAAUAUUUCUAAAAAAUUUUAUAAAAAUACUAAUGGUAAAAAGGCAUUGAGCGAGGCUGAAAGAGAAUUAUUCGAUUGUUCUGAAUUGCUUUGUGUUGAAUAUUAUGAUCUUUCAUUGCAACAAGAACAGGAAAUUUUUAGUAGGGCCGAAGCAAUGUUAGAAGGUGUUGAAGAAUCGAGAAAAAAAUCUCAUGAUGAAUCUUCAACUACUCCAACAAGAAAUAAUAACAAUGAUAUAAAUAAUGGUGUUUUGUAUGACGUAGCCGGUAAUGUAAAAUUCGGCGAAUUUCGAGCCUAUGAUGAAUUCGAAAAG